UGGAAAGCUAUGUGGUCUACAAUCUGGAUACACAAAAUACUGUUGCUUUCUAUGCAAAUGGGAUAGCCGAGCACGUCAAGACCACUACAUCAUAAAGGAUUGGCCAGAACGAAUCGAGUUUCAAGUUGGGGUGGAUAACAUAAAAUACUCACCACUUAUAAAAAAGGAAAAAAUAAUUCUACCUCCACUCCACAUCAAGCUCAGCCUUAUCAAAAACUUUGUCAAGGCUUUGGACAAAGAAGGCGAAGCUUUUCAUUAUUUGAAAACAAUCUUUCCACAGAUUUCAGAAGCAAAAAUAUAGGAAGGGAUUUUUGUGGGGCCGCGAAUAAGGAAAAUAAUGGCCAAUACCCAUUUCAAAGAACUAUUGUCACCAGUGGAGGCAGCAGCGUGGGACUCUUUUGAAAAGGUCGUUACUUCUUUUUUAGGCAAACACAAAAGUCCUAACUUCGAGCUGAUACUGAACGAUUUAAUCAAAAACUAUGCGGAAAUGGGAGUAAAUAUGUCUUUCAAAAUUCAUUUUCUGCACUCCCAUUUAAAUUUUUUCCCGAAAAAUCUUAGCGACGAAAGCGACGAGCAUGGCGAAAGGUUUCACCAGCAAAUGAAAAUGAUUGAAAGUCGGUAUCAAGGAUUCUGGGAUGUCGCUAUGAUGGGUGACUACUGUUGGUUUCUCAUAAGAGAAACCGAUCCUUAUAUAAAUAAGCGUCAAAACAAGACACAUAACUUUUUCAAUUAUAAAAUAAGAUCAUAGAGUUAAGACAGAGUCAUAUGUACAUAUGCUAUUAUUUGUAGGGUACUUAAGUUUUACUAUAUGGAUAUAUUUACUUGAA